AAGGGUUCAUUUUCAAUGCCGGUUCCAAGCAAGCACACAAGCAUCAGCCGUUCUCGUAGCUGGGAUGCUGCAGGUUCGUAUGAAGGCAGUUGGGAGGGAGACGUCUCAUCAGGAUAUCAGAGAGCAGCCGGCAUAAACAAUUCUCUGACCUACAACGGAGAGGAAGCUUUUUACAAGCUGCCAAGCAGCAGAUCCCGCGAUAUUCUCGUGCCAGGGAGCUCGGAGAUAAAGGCGGACCUCUGCUCUUACCCAGACGCAUAUAUCCGAGGUCAGCAAGGUCACUUAGUGCGUCAGGAUCGCAGGCCAGUGUGGAAUAACUCCGUUCCAGACUCCAGCUAUCCCUACGAGAGGCAGGUGGCAAUGUCUGGGCGUGGAGCUGUGCAGACUCACGAUUAUUAUAAUGAGCCUUUUCUGGCAGGCAGAUCCCUGGAGAAUCCACGUUAUUAUAGAGAGCCGGUGCUAAGUCAGUCGGGACACACUUAUGGGCCCCCCACAAACCGAACCGCCUGGGAACAGACUCCUGCACGUCCCUUUCACCCGCAAGAAGUAGGUCGUCUGUACAGAGAUCCUACAGGUAGAGUCAUCGCUGAGGGGCAACGCUCAAGGAGUCGGGAUUCUUCACCUGCCAGGUACACAGUAGAAGCACACAACCCCAGGUAUGGAUCUGAGGCAUCCACAUUCAACAACAGACAACUCUAUAAUGAGAUGAUGGAAAGAUCCAUUGAUCCUGCAACGGGGAGGCAGACAGCACCUACCUGCCUAGUGGUGGAGCCCGGUGAUUCUGCUGCUAUGGAUGGCACACUGGGGACUUCAUCUAUUUCAGGAACUCGUUACGGAGGAGCAAGAGAGAACAUGAGUGCUCAGAUGGCUUAUGAUACGUAUGACAGCUCUCAAGCCCCAUCCCAUGGCCAGAUCCCUAUGCCGCUCUCAGGGGCAGAACUGAAGAGGGCGGACAUGGAGUUCCUCUCUGCCCUGCGGAGCGAAGGCCUCUCCGAAGGUACUAUUAGUGCACUGGUGCAGCAGGGGUUCGACACGCCCAGCUCGCUGGCUGUCAUGGAAGAACACGACAUUAAAUCAGUGGCAGCUAAUCUUGGUCAAGCUAGAUUGCUUUCAGGUCUUAUCAAGAGCUACAGGACAGACCUGCAGAUCCUGAGGCAAGAUCAGCAGAAAAGCAACUCCCUGAGAUCCCGCGUUCGCUCCAACAGCUUCAGCCAUCGCGGGGAUCUCAUGCGCGGGGAUUUCAAUGCACAGCCCCUUAGCAAUUCUGUGAUGGAUGGCGCCCUCAACCAACAACACUCCUUGUCGCUGCAGCCGGUCUCUCCCCGAAUAGCGGAACUCAAUCGCCGUCCUUCCAGCGCCCCUUCCCAGCACUUGUUGGAGACCGCCAACUACCCAACCUGUGGAAUGAACGCCCAGAACCCACAAUUCAUGCAAACUGGCAGCUACACUAUUCCUGUUCAACCUCGGCCUGCAUCCGCCUACCAUGCUCAGUCUGGCAUUCCCAUGACCGUUGUCCACACCAACAUCAACACCGGGCCAAAGACUGCUUACCCCACUAGCUAUACCGUGCCCAUGGAGCUGAUGAAGAGAGAGCGCCUGCCGCCCACUUCUCCUGUGCACAGCCCGCACUGCAGCCCCCAGCUCCUGCGCAAACAUGGAAGUCAUCUGGAGACCUCCAUGAACUUGCCAACAUCUUCCAUACCCAACCAGCACUAUCUCCACUCACCUUAUCAGAAAGUAACCAGGAGGACUGGACCACCCAUCAUUGUUUCCACCAUGGCAUCACCAGAGCCAAGUAUGCGGCCCCAGACUCUAAAUGGUCCAAUGCACCCUCGCCCACUGGUAGCUUUAUUGGAUGGAAGGGACUGCACGGUGGAGAUGCCAAUCCUGAAAGACCUGGCUACUGUGGCUUUCUGUGAUGCCCAGUCUACACAGGAGAUCCAUGAAAAGGUUCUGAAUGAGGCGGUGGGCGCCAUGAUGUAUCACACCAUAACACUAACGCGUGAAGACUUGGAGAAGUUUAAGUCUCUGCGGGUUAUAGUGCGGAUAGGCAGCGGAUAUGACAACAUUGACAUCAAGGCUGCGGGAGACAUGGGUGUGGCGGUAUGUAACAUUCCAUCAGCCGCUGUGGAGGAGACUGCCGACUCUACCAUCUGCCACAUACUCAACCUCUACCGGAGGAACACAUGGCUGUACCAGGUGCUGCGGGAGGGCACACGGGUACACAGUGUGGAGCAGAUCAGAGAGGUGGCAUCAGGGGCAGCACGGGUCCGUGGUGAAACGCUUGGCUUGAUAGGAUUUGGUCGUGUAGGACAAGCAGUAGCUGUGAGAGCCAAAGUGUUUGGCUUCAGUGUUAUCUUUUAUGACCCGUACCUGCAGGAUGGGACAGAGCGCUCUCUGGGAGUUCAGAGGGUGUACACGCUGCAGGACUUGCUCUACCAAAGCGACUGCGUGUCUCUGCACUGUAACCUGAAUGAACACAACCAUCACUUAAUUAACGACUUCACAAUCAAGCAGAUGCGGCAGGGUGCGUUCCUGGUGAACACCGCACGAGGAGGCCUAGUGGAUGAAAAGGCUUUGGCUCAGGCACUGAAGGAGGGCAGAGUCCGAGGUGCAGCUCUAGAUGUACAUGAGACUGAACCUUUCCUAUUUGCUCAGGGUCCACUGAAAGAUGCCCCAAAUCUGAUCUGCACCCCCCACACGGCAUGGUACAGUGAGCAGGCGUCGCUGGAGAUGAGAGAAGCUGCAGCCACUGAGAUGCGUAGAGCAGUCACAGGACGGAUUCCAGAUAGCCUCAGAAACUGUGUGAACAAAGAAUUUCUAGUGGCAGCAACACAGUGGCCAACCAUGGAGGUACCAGGGACCAAUGUGGAGCUGAAUGGCGCCACCUACAGAUCUGUGUGCGUGCAGCCGAUCCAGGGAGAGAAGCGCUGAUCACUGCCUCCAGCACAUUCCUUACUGGCUUCAGCCAGCUCUCCUGCAGUCACAUAAGGAAUAAUCCAUUACCACUCAUCCCUCAGUGCCCAUUCUACCCAACAGCCUCAAACACACAGGCUGCCCUGCGUUCCAAAGACAGAAGCUCGGUUCAUUAGAGGCCAGUGAUGGACAAAAAAGGGCGUGAGCAUGCAGCAAGUCGGGACAACAGUGCAGCUAAAUAUGGAGUGGUCAGAAGACAAAGCAACCUGCCAGCAAGACCACACAACCAUGGAACCUACACAUCCGCAAGCACACAACAGGGAUCAGGAACAUUGCUAGUGGGGGGUCCUGUGUGAGCAGCAACUGUCCGUUUUACCAUGUUAAGCCUAACACACUGCUGUCCUUGUCCCUUUGGGGACACUCGGCGCAAACUCCGGAGGGACCAAGAUAUCAAAUCCAGGAACGUUCCCCCACCUGGACCAGCGUUUAGCCCUUCUCUAGCAGUCACCAGACUGAAAGGAAUCAUUUGUCAUGAUGUUUGUCUCUCGUCUGUCCCAUCUGCUCCACUGGCUCAGGAAAUCUAAUGUCUAUAUACAAAGUAACUAUUUUCUAACACUGAAUUCCACUCUGUUGUUUUUUAUUACUUUACGUUUUACCUGUGAUCAUUGAUGUAGACUGACUGUAGUAUUGCACUUAAUGUUCUGUGUGUUCUGAACUGCGUUUUAAUUUUGGAAAUGGACAACAAAAUUCAGGCAUCAGAGACUGCUCCAGACACUUUGAAGUAAAAUAAAGAAAGAAAAAAGAAAGAUAUUGUCACAAUAUUAGUCCUGCGGGCACUUUCUGUGCAGUCUUGUGUGGUAUUUCGCUACAAGGGGGGAGAUUUAUCAAGGCUUAGAGAGAGAUAAAGUACUGACUGAGAACAGUGUCAUUUAUCAAGCACAGCCUGUAAGUGACGGUUCUUAGCUGAUUGGUUGUUACUUUCGCUCUCUCUAAGGUUUGAGACAACUCCCACAAGGAUACAGCAUAGCUUGGCAUUGGUCCCAACACGAACUCAGCAUCCUGGCUACUGAAUAUGUGUUCCCUGUAUAGCUCACACACCCAUGUUCUGCAGAUGGACCUGUGAUUACACCCCACUUAAAAGGACCAUUGGUGUCGGGUGCAGAUAGACAAGGUCACAAAAUAACCCAGAAUGAUAACAAAAUGACUCCCAUUCAGAACACAGUAACCACAAUGCAAGAAAAGGUUCACAGCAAGAUGAUGUAUUUGUGUCACAUUCGCAAUCAAGUUCAAGCUGGCAAACUGCACACAAUCGCUUUAGAACCCAAUUCCUGCAUGUGAGGAGAAGUAAAGGGGGGGGAUAAGUGUUUCUGAACAAAUAAAUAUAUAAAGUUUUCAGAAGAAAGAAAAAAACAAAAACAGGUGACUCGGAAGAAGACAGCGCUCAGUAUCCCCAGCUCUUCUCCAUAUAAUCCUUAGCUAUUUCAUUACCAUUAUUUCAUAAAAGGAAAAUUAAAAUGGUUUUCGGUCUGACACUUGAGACCAUCAUUGUUUGUGCAGGUGGCAGGUCACAUAUAGCGUUCCUACCACUUGUGUACAGAAUCCUAAAAAUUAAAGUAUCCUUAACCCCUUUAUUGCUCGAGACAGCCACAAGCUGUGUGUGUGUAACUGUGCAAUAUACUCUUGGCCUGUCCAGUAAUGCCAGGGUUAAAAAUCAAGUGAGGGCCAGUUUAAAACAAGAAGUGAAAAUGAAAAUAAAGCUUUGCAAUUAAAAAAAAAAAAAAAAGAAGAA